UGUUGAAGGAAGUAUCUGCAGGUGGCUAGGGUGCUGGGAAGCGAACGUGAUGUUGCGAGUGGACAGAUGGUUUCGCUUUGGGCCGUGGCUGCUUCUGCUCACUCUUUGCUGCUGGGUACAUGGGAACCACAGCGAGGACGCAGAAUUCGUGACAUGUGGGUCUGUUGUGAAACUGCUGAACACCCGGCACAACGUGCGGCUACACUCGCAUGAUGUCAAGUACGGAUCAGGAAGCGGUCAACAGUCUGUGACAGGUGUUGAGUCUUCUGAUGAUGCCAACAGUUACUGGACGAUACGAGGCAAGAUUGAUGGCGCAUGUCAGCGUGGGGAACCUAUCAAGUGUGGUCAAGCAGUCCGCCUAACACAUGUGAACACUGGGAAGAACCUGCACACUCAUCAUUUCUCCUCUCCACUCUCCAAUAACCAGGAAGUAAGUGCCUUUGGAGAUAAUGGAGAAGGAGAUGAAUUGGAUGCUUGGACUGUGCAAUGUAGUGACACACUUUGGGAACGUGAUGAUGCUGUGCGCUUCAAACAUAUUGGCACAAGUGUCUACUUGACUAUUACAGGAGAACAGUACAGCCACCCGAUUCGGGGGCAGCGAGAGGUCCAUGGCAUUACCAGCCCCAAUGCCCAUAACUACUGGAAAGUGAUGGAAGGUGUGUUCAUCAAGCCCAGUUUGCAGCCAGGUUCAGGAAAGCAUGACGAGCUGUAAGGAAAGGUGGAAGUCCCCACAUCCCUAAUAAAUCUUCCUCCUUUGUUGAACUGCAUAUUUGGUCUGUAUGACAGGUACUCUGCUUUCUGGAGUGUCCCUUUUGUGCUUUUCUAAUGCUCAUCUUCCAGUAACCCUAGAAUUACCUAGGAGAGAGAGAGGACUAUGUAAACUGGAUUUCAGGAUAUCUUAUGUAAAUGGUUAUGAUCUCUGGAGAGAGGGAUAAAACAAUAUAACUUGGGCUUCUGCGUCAUCUCCACUGAAAACUCAAUUCUGCGCUGUUACCGUAUGGACUAUAUAUUUAAGAUAUGUUAAACAUUCCUAUCAAUAAAAAUAAACUGCUGUAUGGUGGUUUUUGUGGUUGCAGUUACAAGAAUAUCUAUUAUGUAGAAGAAGUUAAAAUCAGAUCUGGUUUAUUGUCAAUGAUUGUUUUCCCAAUAAAUUUGCACUUGUUCACCCAUCCUA